AUGCUGGUACCAGGUGUGAGCAAAUUUGAACGCGCUCUUAGCACGAUCGCCUUCGUUGUCGCUUUYAUUCUCCUCGUCUGCAUGUGCCUCUUUCUCGCGUCACGCUUUGCAAAGGGACAAUUCAAGACAGUGGUCGAAAACACACACUUUCCAUUAUAUAAAGUGAAAUACCCUGAGGUAACGAUUUGCAAUAAGAAUCGGCUUAAUUGGUCGCGUCUACUGGAGGCGAAGGAUAAAUUCUUGCUACCGACGCAUCGCAAUAACUCCAAAGAGGAGCUCUUUACYGAAAUAAUUGGACUCUACGACACCUUUAGCUUCGGUAAGUUCGAUCGUUUCGCACAGUUAGAGAAAUAUCCGUUAGAUGAGCUGAAUUAUAUCAAUUUCACUACGGUGGCACGUUUCAUGGCGUGGCGUUGCUGGGAGAUCCUCACGCAUUGCAAAUGGCGGAGUCACGUGUAUAAGUGCUGUGACAUCUUCAUGGAGCGCCGUUCACAGCUAGGUUUCUGCGUGUCCUUCAAUUCUGUGGAAAGGCCUAAAUGGCACAAAAAUGACUCUACCUGGCCUUGGCGUACGGAUAGAGGUGGAAAGUAUGCGGGACUYGCCGUUCAGGUUGUGUUGAACAAGCAACAACAUUUCACAGGCGGUAUUGAUGGCAUAACGGUCAUGAUUGUGGAACCGGACGUCUGGUACUACACCCCAAUGGAUAUUCCCGGUCAGACGCGAACGCGRCUCACUUUAGAUGGUUUCUUUAAUAAAUAUGAAGACGAGACGAGGCGUGUAUCCUCCAGUGAACGUGGUUGUCUGACUCCCUUAGCUUGUAUACAGGAUGAGCAGAAUAGUGAUGACUUCAAGACGCUUCAUGGKCAUCGCUAUCGCUUCGAAAAUUGUCAUUCUCAGUGCCAGCAGGAGUACCUCAUAAAGUAUUGUAACUGUACGUUGGACAUAUUUUUCCCACCCAGCCCUUAUCCGCACUGCAAACUCGUGGAUUUGCCCUGCCUGGCAAAAUAUAACAGUAAAACGAACUUAUAA